UUAAUAAAGGCACCUACAUGUAUGGCUUAACAACGCCCUUCUCACAAUACAGGUAUUUUCCUUGCUCACGUCUUCUCUUACCGCCUUAAUCUUUCAGUUUCCUCUCUGCACAUUUUGUAUAUAUCCGCGAUUCGAAAACCAUGUCUACAAACGUCGGAAUGUCCUCCUGCUGUCUGUCGGGCAAAGUGCACGAAGGCACGCCCACAGGAAGGAUCGAAGUAAUCAAUGAUCUCUCCACCUACAUUGCGGAGCCCCAAGACGGCUCGAAAGCCAAGACAAUCAUCAUUCUAGUCGACAUGUUCGGCUACGAAUUCAAAAACGUCCGUCUCCUAGCCGACAACUACGCCAAAGCCGGUUUCUACGUAUACAUCCCCGACGUUCAUCAAGGAAACAGCAUUCCGCUUUCCUUUCUGCAGAGCGUCGAGCCGCCCCUCCAAAUCCGGGAGCAGCAAUCGCUAUUGGAAAAAACCAAGGCCACGGGCGUGGUGGCCACCACGCUGCCGCCCUGGCUCGUCAGACAUCGCGAGGGAGUCACCAGACCGCUUAUUUCCUCCUUCAUCGCGCACAUUCGCGGGCUUCCUGGUACGGGAAAGGUGGGCGCGUUGGGAUUUUGCUGGGGAGGACGCUAUGCGAUAUUGGCUGCGCAUGGAGAGGUUGAUGCGGCGGUGGCGUGUCACCCGUCGUUGGUUUCUGUGCCGGCGGAUUUCGAGAGCGUGACGAAACCGUUGAGUUUGGCGGUGGGGGAUCAGGAUAGUUUGUUGGAUCGGGGGACGGUGGGGCAGAUACAGGAUUUGAUGGCGGGGAAGACGGAGUUGCCGCAUGAGUUGAGGAUUUACGAGGGGCAGAUUCAUGGGUUUGCGUUGAGGAGUGAUUGGGGUUCGGGGAAGGAUAAGAAGGCUAUGGAUGAUAGUGAGGAGCAGGGCAUAGAGUGGUUUAAUAAGUAUCUUGCGUAGCGCAAGCUGGACUUUAUGGUAUCUGAGGAAUCUACGGUACUUGGGGAUCUACGAUUGGAGUAUCGAGAGAUUGUUAAUGAGGAUUUAAUCUAUAUAUAUUACUUUAAUAAGAAACGAAGAUGUUUAUAAUAAGAGACAACUUUGAGUAAU